AUGAGCUGGAACGGGACGAUGAUGUGCGAUGUAAUGCCAACCAUCUCUGAGGAUGGCGUCGAUCCUCAACCAGGUACGGGUUCAGAAUCCGGCGAAUUGGCUGCUGCUAGCGGCGAUCAAAAUCGCAUUGAGCAGCUGAUGGUUAAUAUGCUCGAUGAACGCGACAAAUUGCUCGAGCAGUUGCAGGUACGUGUCUUUCCCUUGAACUUAUACUUCAGGCAUAGACUUCUUUCGACCCAGUUGCGUGAGCAGUUACUGGAGAAAGAUGAAGAAAUUGUGGAACUAAAAGCGGAACGCAACAAUACACGAUUGCUUCUCGAGCAUUUGGAAUGCUUGGUGUCGCGGCACGAGCGUGCAUUGCGGAUGACGGUGAUGAAGCGACAGGCCCAAAGCCCAGCAGCUGGAGUGAGCAGUGAGGUUGAGGUUUUGAAAGCGCUGAAAUCACUCUUCGAACAUCAUAAAGCGCUUGAUGAAAAAGUCCGAGAACGUUUGCGUGUUGCAAUGGAACGUGUUGCAACAUUAGAAGAUGAGCUUGCGGCAAAAGGCGACGAAAACUCGUCCCUCAAAGCGAAGCUGGCGAAGGUUACGGCCGAGGCUGAGGAAGCGCACCAGCAGCUGAGUGCUUCGCAAAAUGGUUUGGCGACCGGCGUCGAAAAGCAGCAGCAAGGACAACAGCAAAUUGGGCCAGCUGAGUCAGCCGGGGCAUUGGUGGAAUUGCAGGAAGCAUGCCAGCGGCUUAAACAGGAUCUAGCAAGUAGCAUGCAGCAGUGCCAGGAGCUCAGUAAUCGAAAUACUGAAUUGGAGGGGCAGCUCACUGCAGCGCAAAAAGAAGGUCGCAUGGAGCAGGAGCAGGCUAACAAAUUACAGCACCUUCUGCAAGAGCUGCAAGCUCAGCGUGAUGAUCAGGAAGCACGGAUUUCCACACUCGAAAGCCGGUACAUGAGUGCACAGCGGGAAGCAACAUGCUUGCGCGAUCUGAACGAUAAGCUGGAGCAUCAGCUUGCAAACAAAGAUGCAGCAGUUCGGCUGAAUGAAGAAAAAGUGCGCAGUUUGCAAGAACGUCUUGAAUUGGCCGAGAAGCAGUUAGCACAAAGUCUAAAGAAAGCGGAAUCGCUGCCAAGUGUGGAAGCUGAAUUGCAGCAACGCAUGGAAGCGCUCACUGCUGCUGAACAGAAACAACUGAGUGCCGAGGAGCAAAUGAAUCGGCUAGCGCGACAGGUAGAAGAACGCAGUGCGGAACUGGAAAGGGCGGUGCAAAGGGAAAAAAUGAAUGAGGAGCAUAACCAGCGGCUGUCAUCUACGGUUGAUAAGCUGCUUAGUGAAUCUAACGACAGGUUGCACAGUACGCCAAUGAUGUUGCCGGUGGCACCAGCGCCAGUACCUGUACAACCACCGCCUGGACCGGGAGGACCACCUCCACCGCCCGUCGUGACUGUGGCACCUCCUACGGCUGCAGCAGUGUAUGGUGGAUUACGCCGCACACAGAAAGGACGCCUGCAGGCGCUGCAAGAAGAUCCAGGCAAAGUGCAGACGCUGAAUGAGCAAGAAUGGGAUCGGUUGCAGCAGGCGCAUGUAUUGGCUAAUGUGCAGCAGGCUUUUUCAUCUUCGUCAUCGAUGAUGGAUAUGACUGGUGGUGUUGGCGGCACAGCAGCAGCCGGUCCUCCAGGGCCUACUGCGCCUGCAAUUUCGGGGUCGGCAGAUCCACAUGCUCUGGCCAGUAUGUUACAGGAAAGGUUGAAUGCGAUAAAUUCGGAGAUUCGAUUGAUUCAGCAGGAGAAGACGCAUGCCGAACGCAUUGCCGAGCAGUUGGAGAGUCGCGCGACAGCAGCCGCUGCAGCGGCCGCUGCUGCAAGCGAAGAGCAGCAGGCGCUGUCAGCACGAUCAACGCCACGUAAUUCACCACAGCAUGAUUUUUUGGUCAGCAAGUACAAUACGUUACCAGCUAAUGCUUCAACGUCGUCGUAUACACAUGGUGCUAGCGCUGGUGGUGCUGCAGGAUUAGUUGAUUCCUACAGUCAUCAGUUUGGUGCGACAGAUGAUAUGUCAAACGGUGUGGCUAACUUGGAGUACGGUAUUUGUGCUGGUGGCCGAAGAUAUCCGACAACUGCUGUAGCUGAUCCACUGCAACAUUCGUUCACGGGCCCACUUUUCGAUGAUGAAUAUGGCAGUGGCCCAGCUCCUCCGGGAAUGCUGUUGGAUCGACUGUCGCCGGCAUCAUCCAUCACUUCCUCACAGCACGAUCAGUCGCCUGUCUAUGGUGUACCAACCAGUGGCAAAGGUGCCAAAAAGCAGCGCUCAUCGACGGCCGCGAAAACGCUUGGACGAUUAUUCAACAAGAAGGCCAAAAAUAGUAGCAGUUUGCGACAGCUGGCACAGUACGACCAGGGUGGUUAUUCGGACAGUGAAAUUUCAUCAGUGGAAGGUGUUGCAAUUACUGCGAGUGCCGCUACUUCGUCAUCCGUCCCACCAGGCAAAUCGGUGAACGGUGGUGUAGUACUGGGUGCGACUGCAGCUGCAGAUUUUGAUCGGCGGAAAAAAAAGAAGUAUGAGUUAUUGGAAGAGGCGAUGAAAGCUCGUACUCCGUUUGCUUUAUGGAAUGGUCCAACGGUUGUGGCGUGGUUGGAACUUUGGGUCGGCAUGCCUGCUUGGUAUGUGGCAGCCUGUCGUGCAAACGUAAAAAGCGGUGCGAUUAUGAGUGCGUUGUCCGACCAGGAGAUUCAGCGUGAAAUUGGCAUCUCAAACCCAUUGCAUAGGCUAAAACUACGAUUAGCAAUACAAGAAAUGGUCUCGCUGACAUCCCCGUCGGCACCGCGAACAGCACGUGCCACCCUAGCAUUCGGCGAAAUGAACCACGAAUGGAUUGGCAAUGAGUGGCUGCCGUCACUAGGCUUGGCACAGUAUCGGCCCACAUUUAUGGAAUGUUUACUGGAUGCGCGGAUGUUGGAGCACCUGUCGAAGCGCGACCUGAGGACGCAUUUGAAAAUGCUUGACAACUUUCAUCGAGCCAGCUUACAGUAUGGAAUUAUGUGCUUAAAAAAGCUCAGUUAUGAUAAGAAAAUACUGAUGGAAAGGCGAAAAGCUUGCGAAAAUGUGAAUCGAGACGUGUUGGUGUGGACUAAUGAUCGAGUAGCACGCUGGGUUGAGGAAAUUGGCCUUGGCGCUUAUGCAUCUCAGUUACGAGAUAGUGGUGUACACGGUGCUCUCAUUGCUCUUGAUCAUACAUUCGAUGCUCAGAGCCUCGCUUUGUCACUGCAGAUACCGCCACAGGACUUCUCAGCACGUCAGUUGUUAGAACAGGCAUUUGAACAGCUGCUGAUCAGUGGCGAUUGUCGCGGCGGUGCAGUCACAGCUGGCACUAGUGUUGGUACUUCAGAUUAUCGUGGACCUGCUGCUAGUGCAGUAAACUCAGCAGCAGCGAGUGCAGCUAUGACAACAAAAGCUUACUCAUCUGUACCACCACCAUCUCCUCCAAGCUAA